AUCUUCCUUGAAGAUCCAAAAUUUUCAAAGUCUUUUUCUCUCUCUACAUCCGAUCCAGCCUGAAAGAUCGGAAAUUUUUCAAAAUCUGAUUCAGACGACAGAAAUCCGAUCAUCAAGGUUCAUUUCUGAUUCGACCCUUUUGCUUAGAUGGCUCCGGUUUCAGCUCUUGCUAAGUAUAAGCUCGUUUUUCUUGGAGAUCAAUCAGUUGGAAAGACUAGUAUAAUUACUAGGUUCAUGUACGAUAAGUUCGAUAAUACAUACCAGGCUACAAUAGGUAUUGAUUUUCUGUCGAAGACAAUGUAUCUUGAAGACCGGACAGUUCGUCUUCAGUUGUGGGAUACUGCUGGACAAGAAAGAUUCAGGAGUCUGAUUCCAAGUUAUAUUAGAGAUUCAUCUGUUGCUGUCAUUGUCUAUGAUGUUGCAAGUAGGCAAUCUUUCUUAAACACAAUAAAGUGGAUAGAAGAAGUUCGAAGCGAGAGAGGUAGUGAUGUUAUCAUUGUUCUUGUUGGUAACAAAACUGAUCUGGUUGAUAAAAGACAGGUUUCAAUAGAGGAAGGAGAGGCAAAAGCUCGUGAUCUCCACGUCAUGUUCAUCGAGACCAGUGCAAAAGCCGGAUUCAACAUAAAGGCAUUAUUCCGGAAAAUUGCUGCUGCAUUGCCAGGAAUGGAAACACUUUCUUCGACAAAACAAGAAGACAUGGUUGAUGUGAAUCUGAAGACGAGCAAUGGCAGUUCAUCGCAGGCACAAAACCAAUCCGGGGGGUGUUCAUGCUGAUAUUCUCUUCUUAAAGUUUCUUUGUUUGUCGAAAGAUAUAAAAUUCUUGUUUCUGGGGUGCCCUAAUAGUUUGAGGAUUAUUCGGCAUAGUAUGAAAGCUCUUGAGGUUAUCUUUAGGCCUGUGUUGGGAUUUUUUUGACUUGCAUUUUAAUUUGGUUAUUUUCUUAGUGGAUGAAGGUAUGUCUUAAUAUAAAAUCUUGGUCUGUUCUCAAUUUUUUGGAUUUUUUUUUAUUAUUAUUAAAACGUUCUAUCUGUUAUUCUGUUAUUUUAUAAUACAAUAUUUUUAGUGUA